CAGAGUCAAGUGUCAACCUUUAAAUUUUUAAUUUAUCCACAACUUGUUAUUUGUUGUUUAGUCACCGUUUUCAAAAUGACUAUGAUUAAAUUGAAUAAAGAUGUUGAUUUGAGCGAUUUCACAUUAAUUAUACCAAGUGUUUCAGUUGGAAAUGUACCUCAAUUAACAAUUGAUCUCCUGAUAUCAAACUACAAAUUUGAAAAAAUUGGGUUGAUUUGGCAUGAAUCUGUGAUACCAUUAGUUGCACCAGAUCCUUUUGAUGAGAAAUCUGAUGAUAUUUGUACAGCAUGUGAAUUAUAUGCCAAUAGGAGCCUUAAAAUUGUCACCCUGCAAAACCGAACAUCUUUCCACUACAAGUUGUUAUCAGUCUUUAUCCAAGACUUGAAGAAUGAUAUUAUAAAACACAAGUUCAAUAGAGUUGUGUGUUUAGCUAGUGCCUUUGAUCAUGAACUACACAAAAUAGAUAAAGGAAAACUAUUUUACAUUGACAGCUUGGGAAGUGAUUCGGUUCUAGAACAAAUUGGAUUUCAACCUCAACAACCUGUUAAUGAUAAAUAUAUUGUACAAGGAGGGGGCUAUUGCACUCAACUAUAUGAAGCUCUACGAAACAGGACUCGCUGUACAGUUUUAAUAAAAUAUGUUGCCGAGGGAAAUAAUACAGCUGAUUCAAUUUCAAUGCUUGCCUUGUUAUCACAAUAUAUUCCCUCUUUGAAGCAACUUCCUAGUGGUAAUAUUGAAAUCCCCCAUUCAUGGAGUAGCGUAUUUGGUCCCCCACCCCCUACAGGAAUGUAUUGACAAUAGAUAAAUUUUUACUCAAGAAAUUA